CAUUGAGUCGUAAUUCAGUUUGCGUGCACUCGCAAACCGUUAAAUAUGCUGUCGAAAGCAAUAGCGUUUAACGACUGUUUCCAAUGGCGCGUUAUACCUUAAUAUCGGCUUCCGGACUUCGGCUGCCGAAAAGAUUUUCGCGUCCCAUAGAAAGUAAUAGAAGCCGUUAAUCGAUAAAUUAUACCAGGUUUCCAUUGAAAGCGCUAACCGUUAAUACACUGUCGGAGGCUGUCGAUACAUUGAGACAUAUUACCCCCAGCUCAACUAGGUGUAAAGGAGGAAAAAAGAGCUUUUUGAGGCCUGUUUCUCAUUGAAAUUGAAAAUCACAAAAAAAUUACAUAUAGAAAUAUAAUUUUAUCUAAUAAUAAUCUUCUCCUACAUGUAUAUAUGUAUGAUAAUUGUAUAUAUAUAUUUGACCUAUAUAAAUCAUAUAAUUUUAAUAAUUACUUUUAACUGUUAUGAUAAAGGCUGAUAUAUUUAAAUUGAAAAAUAUAAUAAUUACAUUCAGUGUCUUUGAAUUUCCGAUAUGUAACUACAUAUAUGUUGAAAUUAUAGUUCAUAUCAAAAAUAAAAGUCAUGAGUAAGUAUAUACUUUCAAACUGUUCAUUAAAUUAAGGAUUAGAUGAGAUGAAGAUAAGCCCUCCCCCCCAUGUUAUUCAUUGCAAUCACCAGUUUCACAUAUGUUAACAAGCAACACACAGCUAUAAAAAAAAGACCACACCUAGCCUAACCUCAGAACAGAUAUUUCAAAAUGCAGGGUGAGAGAGAAGCUGACAAUGCUGAAGUUAGACAGCGUAGGCCUGACAUCCCCAGAGUGAGGCUGGAUAUAGAAACCCUGAAUGAGCAGCAGGUGUUUGAAAGUUUCAGGCUCAACAGGGAGAAAAUAUAUCAGUUAUAUGCCCUGUUGCAAGAUAGGCUGGAAAGCCAGGGCUAUUCAAGCAGGGCUGUCCCUGGAAUGACCAAACUACUAGGGGCACUUCAUUUUUUGGCUUCUGGAUCCUUUCAGGUGACAGGGGGCAUUGUAACUGGGGUGCAUAAGUCCACUCUUUCUAAGCAUCUUUCAAAAGUUAUUGAUGGACUUUAUGAUAAUUGCAGAAAAUUUAUUUUUUUCCCCACAUCACCCAGAGGUUGGCGUGAUGUUAAGAGGGACUUUUUUCUUUUAGGUGGCAUACCCAAUGUCCUUGGGGCCAUUGACUGCACUCAUAUUGCCCUAAGACCCCCUGUGCGCAGGGAGAUAAUAUUUAGAAAUAGGAAACACUUCCACUCCUUAAAUGUGCAGAUUAUAUGUGAUGCAAACAUGCGCAUAUUAAAUGUUGUGGCAGGGUUCCCAGGAAGUAGCCAUGAUGCCUACAUCCUCAGGAAUUCUGGUGUGUGGAGAUUGUUUGAGACAAAUCAAAUGCCUGAAGGACAUCUCCUCGCAGAUUCUGCAUAUCCUCUUAAAAAAUGGAUUUGGACACCAUUGAAAGAGAACCAGGUUGUUGGGCCUGCUGAAUUAAGAUAUAAUGAAGCACAUAUCCGAACACGUGCUAUAAUAGAACGACUGUUUGGUGUUCUAAAAAUGCGCUUUCGCUGCCUGGACAGAUCAGGGGGGGAUCUCCAAUUCAGUCCGGAAAAAGCUAUUAAAAUCAUAGUGGCAUGUUGCUGUCUACACAACAUGGCACAGGAGCAUGGGAUGUUGAACGACUUACUUCCAACACCACAGCCCCCAGGUGAAAUCUUUGAGCCUGAUGUAAUUAAUCAUCCCCAACCCCUCAAUGCCCAUUUGGAGAGAUCUGCAACUAUUCAAGAAUUCUUUUCAGAUUGAAGAUUCUCAGAAAUGGAAUACCACUCCCCUCCCUCUCUCCUCAUCCCUAUAUUUACCACAUUUUCCCUAAAUAAAUGUAUACUUUACUCAAA